AUGCAGCAAGGCCGGUUGUUCUCGACCCUCCCACGACCCUGCCGAUUUGUUGCGCACCGCCGCUAUCCCGCCGUUUUUGCGUCUUCCUCGCGUCGAUUCCAUCUCUCCCCCUCCUGGCGGUCGUCCAUCCCAUCGGACCCUCAUGGCGCUCGUGACUCCACCUCCGAAAAUGUAACAAGUGAUAUUCCGACCCUCAAUGCCGGACAGAACGUGUCCGAACAUCUGCCUCCCGUUGCCACGCCGGCGGCCUCCGAACAGUCGGCGAAGGACUCGAAACCGUAUGGCUCUGCAGUCCGCAGAGCCUUGAGAAAUAGGAAAUCGGUGAAGGAAUGGACCGCCCCUGUCGCAACGGUCCCGGACUGGUUCUUUGAGCGGAACACUAUCGUGCACAGUGACGACGGGCAGGUCGCGGCGCAGACUCACCAGCAGGUGAAAAUCGCCGCGUCGGCCCCGCAGAUAGACCAAAUAAGUGCAGAUGCGGUCGCCCAAGGUGGUGAUGGAGAUGAUCCGCCGGCGUCGGAUGGUUUACCGGGAGAUGAGAACCGAUAUGCUUUGACCGAUGCCUUAUGGGAGGAGCUAUGCGCAUCUGCCCGGGCGGGUCUGCGACUCCCGCCCGCCAAAUACGCGACAGAGCCUUCGGCACGAAAAUCGCACCUCGUUCUACAGUACCCCGGGAACGAUGGGGUCUUGUUUCUGGACGCGGUGGUGAAGAGGCUAGCGCAGGAACUAGGCGCGGAUCUGGUGACGCUCGACGCUCAAGAUAUUGCUCAGCUAUGCAAUGAGCAAGAUCUGGCAGACAUUGGCACGACUUCAUCGAUCAGGUCCCUGGGCUACGAGGUGUACCGUCCGUCCGCCUCGGAUUCCUGGCAGGAAAUGGGUGAGGAGGGGGAGUCUGAGGAUGCCGAUGUAAUUGACGCCGCGAUGCCGUCCCGCAAUCUUCGCCCGGUGAUCCGGGGUCCGAGAUUCAUUACCAUCGAAAGCACUCGCGAACCCGGCGACAUCCCCCUUCCCAACCUGAUGGGUCUAAAGUCGUUGGUGGCUUCCUUCAACAACCCCUUAGAUGGCUCUGGGGGUGCCGCAUCGACCCAGAGUCCGGAUCGGGCGGAGGAUAGGCGACUCCGACUGAUAAACGAGCUGCUCUCUUCACCUACGAAACUGCCCCGACAAUCGGGUGAGGACCCCCACCCCAGUGGGAGCGCUGAAAACAAUCAGCCUAAACCGGCGCGCGAUAUCAUUGUCCAAGUGCAGGAUUACGGCGACAUCCAGGGGACACGGGAGGGCGCCCGGUUUAUACAACUGUUACAGAAAGCUAUCCAGGAUCGGCGAAAAGCCGGGUCACGGGUCUUGUUUGUGGGCACAGCGGCACAAGACGCUGCGCCGGACUCGGAUGCCUCGCGGUUGAUGCACAACGCCUUCGACGACCAGUUCUCACAGAUGCUGGUCGUGAUCCCCGCUAUGGGCUCUGAGCAGGCUGAAAAGACAUUUGCGGAUGAUCGAAAGAGGCGGACACUCGAGGUUAACAUUCGACAUCUACAGGACAUGCUCCGAACCCGACUCCACGAGACCCCUUCCGCCCUCAAGGAUGAUAUCUUUGGGGGCCGUGCUUGGCCGCUGGAUACUUCCCUGGUCAAGGAAUCUGGCCUCGAAGAACGGUAUUGGACUUACAGUCAAGUGCACUGGGCCACUACCCUUGCGCUGGGCAGUCUUGGGCCGGAGGAGCCGUUCGGUUUCGAACAUCUUGCGCAUGGCAUCGAGAUGAUGCAGAAGACGGAACGCAUCAAGAGUGAUUGGCUGCACGAAAAGACGCCCAAGGCGAAGCAUACGGAACCUAGCAGUGACAAGGAGCGGCUCCUGAAUUCGCUCCGGAAGGUCUGCAAUUCCCACGAGAAGAAGUUGCUGAACGGAGUAGUGGACUCGAAAAGCCUGCGGACCACGUUCGAUGACGUGCACGUUCCGCCAGAGACCAUCGACGCUCUGAAGACGCUCACCUCGCUGUCACUCAUUCGCCCGGAGGCGUUCACCUACGGCGUCCUAGCCACCGACAAGAUACCCGGACUGCUCCUGUACGGCCCUCCCGGCACGGGAAAGACGCUCCUGGCCAAAGCGGUUGCGCGUGAAAGUGGCGCCACGGUGCUAGAGGUAAGCGGGUCGGAGGUGUAUGACAUGUACGUGGGCGAAGGGGAGAAGAACGUCAAGGCCAUCUUUACGCUGGCCAAGAAGCUGAGUCCCUGCGUCGUUUUCAUCGACGAGGCGGACGCCAUAUUCUGCUCCCGGACAGGAGCCAGCAGUCGCACCUCGCACCGGGAGCUCAUCAACCAGUUCCUGCGGGAAUGGGAUGGGAUGAACGACCUGUCGGCCUUUAUCAUGGUGGCCACCAACCGCCCCUUUGACCUCGACGACGCGGUACUGCGACGUCUCCCGCGACGUCUCCUAGUGGACCUGCCGACCGAACAGGACCGCCUAGCCAUUUUGAAGAUCCACCUCAGGGAAGAGACCCUUGAUAGCAGCGUGGACCUCGCCGAACUCGCGCGACGUACCCCGCUGUACUCUGGAUCUGAUCUGAAGAAUCUGUCUGUGGCCGCGGCGUUGGCCUGCGUACGAGACGAGAACGCACUGGCUGCACAGCAUCAGGGCGACGAGCCCUACCAGUAUCCGACACGGCGCACGCUGACUUGGAGCCACUUUGAGCGCGGCAUGGAAGAGAUCAGCGCGUCAAUCAGCGAAGAUAUGUCGUCGUUGUCGGCGAUCCGCAAGUUCGACGAACAGUAUGGGGAUCGCAAGGGACGGCGCAAGAAGAGUCCCGGAUGGGGGUUCAUGCCUCUCGCGAGAGAGGAAGCAGAUUCUGAUGCUGCGCGUGUACGCACUUGA